ACUUCUCACGCGCUCCCCAACAGGCUCCACAGCCUCAACCCCAACCCACGAGCUGCAUACCAAGAGCCUCGAAUUGUGCUGACCCUAGACGUCUACUCUUACAGCUCUUUUUCUUGCCCGAGGGGAGCAUCUGUCAAAUGGGAGACACGGCGGUCGCAGCUGCACCCGUUGCGGAUGUCGUCCACGGCGAGAAGAGGGAGAGAGCACACUCUGACAUGGGUGAGCUUUUGAACAGCCCAUCUGCAGCGCUGAUGACGCUGGUGGACUGCGAUCACCUCAACGAUUUCAACGCUGUCUGCGAAUACCUCGCGGUUCAUGCGCAAGAGGUGGUGCGGGAAGUGCACGGAGAAGGGCAGCCUAGGCACCAGGGGCGUCUAACUAUCGACAACCACAGAGUGAUGCUGAACUGUCCCCCCGCUCCGGAGGAGGGAGACUCUCACGGGCACAUCCUCAUGAAGACCAUCUCCGAGAGGUCUUGCGAGCUGGGCAUUUCGAUGAAACGCGAGUUCCGCGUGUGCGAUGAAGGAGACAAGAUGCACGUUCGGGAAGACAUCUGCAAGGGGGGCGACACCAUGUCGCACACGGAAGCCCACAUUCCGAAGAAAUUCGCCGCGACGAAGAAGUAGCUCUGGUUGGCAUGGCAUGGCGUGGCAUGGCAUGGCGUGGCAUGGCAUGGUAACUUCACGUAACGCACCAAGUGAUCUUCGGAGGCAGCCCGUUGUGCGCCUUCUUUUGUCUACGAAGUAUUUUUGCGAGCAUGGGAAGCGAGGCGAGCUCGGGGCAAUGUGCUGUCGGCCGUGCUGGCCAUAGUAGCAUGUAGCGUUGCGUUCCGCGCAAACGCGACGUACGGGAAAACUGUAAUGCAAUGGCGCCUGCCCCGUUUUCGGGCUGAGUUGCGUUUCAAGUCCUUUUUUGGGAUACCUCGUAUUUACAGGCUGUCGCCUGUAUUGGGAACGUAUUGGCUGCAGGCAGGAGACUCGGGCCUUGCUGGGUAGCAGAUAGAGCGUUUCGAUGGUGUAGACUAGAAGUGAAUCAUGGUCAUGCCAUGGAAUUAUCACUAGACUUGCGAAAUAGAGUGCGGCGCUUGGAGCGUGAGAGUGGUAGACGUCGAAGGGAAUCGCAGAUGUUAUCGCUGUUGUAUGUUUUGCCUGUUGGGAUGUUUGUGCGUAAUAGUAGAGGUAUCAGGCAAUUGGUGGGCACAUGCACAGUAAAAAGCGACGUAUAGCAUGAUGUCCUAUACACAUCAAUGGCACCAAGAAGCUCGCGCCACGUUGACGGAAAGUGCCGGCAGCUGCCAAAGAGUUUGCGACGUCGGCGAGAUCUCUACGCUCCCAAAGUUCGAUGCAUCUUCGGGGCUUUCCGGUAGAGUUACGUGUUAGGGAGGCCUUCAAAAACCCUUCAAAAACGCAUUAUAUGAAUGAAGAGUUCCUGAAUAGUAACUCACCCAACAGCCAUGGGAGGCCACACCUGUUGCCUUACCUUUUUGGUUCUCUCCUACGUUGCUUGAAGCGAAUUUCUCUCAUCGAAAAUGCCGACAAGCCACGAAAUGCGCCAAAAUCAGAACAACUGAAGUCAUGACAACGAAAGCUUUUCUACCUUGUUUCCAGAAAAAACGCGGGACUCGCUACUUACACUAAUUCUAGGUCCGACAGGGAGGACGCGCUUGGAAGGAAAUUUCCACCGAAUUCUAUCGCCUUCGGCGCAUUUCUGUCGGCGGCGUCUGCACUUCUCGACCAAUAUUUACCAUGUCCAACGUCGUGUCAGUACGUAGCACAAGUUUGUCAUCUUUGAACAACAAACUGAAGCGAAACUCGCCAGGAACCUUCCGAAUGUGUGGCAAACGUGGCGAAAACAAUCAAUGUUUGCCCCUUCAAACCGUCGACAUGGGAAUGUCAUCAACAGACUUGCCUUCUUCAGAAGACUCUGCUACUAAGCCAACUAGUCUGCGUUGAGAAGGAACGCUUUACCCAACCCCCAAUACCCUCCCCGAACGCAGCAAUAAAGGAAGGCCCGACGUAC